GACGCAAGACUGAACACUACGACUGAACUAAGCUUCCUACUGUAGUUACCGAGCACCUCCUGAUUCAGUAAACUACCCGUUCUACCAGGCGGAAAGGACCGGCGUACCGGCGUGUUGUGUGCGUACUUCGAUCAUUCGAGAUUUCCAGACUGCAGCGGUCGGGAUGAUUAUCAGGUUGAUACGCAUUCUGGUCGUCACUCACACAGCAACAGCUCUGGGGCAACUUCAAGGGCAACUGAUAGGGCACCGUGUGCCAGCGUUCUCGACUGCUGUUCCAACAACUACGAAGUGGGGUGGCAAGAGAGGUGCCUUGUUGGAUGUGCGUCCACGCUCUCCCCGGUCAUGUCCUUACGGGGAUCUCCGGACAAGAGCUUGCAGCCGCCGCACGGGUAGCAGCAGCCGCUUUGAUGCGAAGAUGGCCAUAUGGGGAGGAACGGCGGGAACAAUCCGCGACUGCCCACCCUUAGAUUCUCCUGCAGGUGCUGGGCUGGCGAAGGAGGGCAUAAGCGAGCGAGAGUGGGCAGCUCUUCUCAAGGUUGGCGAGGUGGUCUCUCUCAAAGGAAGCGAGCUGCUCAUAUCACAGGGGGACACCUACGAUGAGCCAGGGGACCGCCAGCUCUAUCUACUUUUGGACGGGGAAUGCCAGAUCGAAGUCAAGGGCAAACCGGUGGCAUCAAUUGCACCAGGCGACUUCGUCGGGGAAGCAUCGUUUACCUCCGGAAGGGUGCAGCCACGUACCGCCACCGUGCGCGCGAAAAGCGACGAGAUCCGUGUAAUGGCGUGGACGUGGAGAGACCUACAAGCCUUCAUGGACAACCCGAAAAACUUGCGCACAAAGGCUGCGCUGCAGGCUAUCUGGAUGGAGGGACUUGCGGGAAAACUCAACGACGUCAUGUCUGCGCUCGGAGGACAGUCGGUGGUGGAGCUCAGGGAAGAAGACAAGACUCAGGCCGGCGACUACGGGUACCGGUACCUGGAGGACACGCAGGAGGUGGAAAGCAUCGUUCCGAUUAGCGCAAGCACCUUGGCAUGGUGGACGUUCACGAGAGAAUACCGGGCCCUUCGAAGAACUUUCCGUUUCGGAGAGUUCAAGGACACUGGCAUCGCUGGGCCGUUCUCGCUCAUCGAUAGGUUCCUCGAGACGUCUGUCUUCCCGGUGCUCCGGCCGUCGCGGGUGGACCUCCCACAGGACCCCGACGUGGUGGACCUGCAGAACCGCCUGAAAGAACUCAAGCUGAGCAACAAGGCCAUCGAGGACAGGGAGACGGCCAGGAUUGCGGCAACCAAGGCCUUCCUCGAGGAUGAAUCCCGCAAGGGGCUGAGGGCCGCGGGGUACAUCCUGCGGUCGCAGACCCCUUGGUAUGUUAUGGCACCCUACAAGGCCCUCUGCUGGUUCUUGGACGUGGUCUUCGAGGAUCGACCAAUCCAGCGUUUUUGGUUCUUGGAGACGGUGGCAAGGAUGCCGUACUUUUCGUACCUUUCGAUGCUGUUUCUGUAUGAGACGCUGGGUUGGUGGAGUGGUGCAGCCGAAGUCAGGAAAGUUCACUUCGCCGAGGAGUACAACGAGAUGCAGCACUUGCGGAUCAUGGAAUCGCUAGGAGGAGACACGCGCUGGUCCGACCGUUUCUUGGCCAGACACGCCGCUAUCAUCUACUUCUUCGUGCUGAUACUGGGAUACCUGGUGUCACCCUUCUUGGCCUACAACUUCAGCGAGCUCAUCGAGAGCCAUGCCGUGGACACCUACACGGAGUUUGCCGAAGCCAACAAGGAGUUGCUACAGAGCCUGCCGCCUACUCCACAGGCGUUGGACUAUUACCACGGGGGAGACAUGUACCUUUUCGACGAGUUCCAGACCAGUCGGCCUGCUUUCAGCCGCCGACCGAGAAUCAAGAACCUUUACGAUGUCUUCAGCUGUAUCCGCGACGACGAGUUGGAGCACGUCAAGACGAUGUUCGCCUGCGAGCGGGGCACAGGCACCCUGCCCUCCCCCAACGCAGCCGCGGCGACCCCGCGCUGGGCCGAAGAAGUCACCCCCACCAUGCCCAAGACCAUCGCCCCCAACACCCGCCGGAAUACGGUCAAGAGAGUGGGGAACGAUGACGCCGGUGGCGGGGGUCGCGGCGGCGAUUCGGACAAGCUGAGAACGGACAUUGCCCGGAAAACCCCGCUGGAGGCGUUUACGGCCGCGUUCGACCCGCUCAGGGAACUGGCCAAGGCCGCCGAGGAGAGUGACGUCACGGAAAAGCCGCGGGGGGGAAGAGACCACGGCAGGAAGCAAGGCACAGAUUCGGCCGUAGAGCCACGGGGAGGAGAAGAGGAGAAGAUCGUGUCGGCCUCACGAGAGGAGCCGGAGGAGAAGCAAAAUUCGUAGGCCAAUGGCAGGCGGUCACACGGCUGAACCUAGGCGCAGACGAAUCGGAAAAACGUUGCGUUUUCGUGUUGAGAGGAGUGCGAGGAGGAUGCUACAAUACUGUCGGUCGUUUGGUCGGGGUGCUUACCUGGUUGCGUGGCCCCGCUGUUGUGCUUUGCGAUUCUCAAAUCAGCGGUGAUGUUGGCGGGGUGCGGGGCUUGUGGAGUUUUGGAUGAUUUUGACGUUUGAGCGUGUGUGAGGGCGGAGAGUUGAAAGAGAGGGCAUGGCAGGGUGCCAGCCUAAUUAAGCAGGCAGAGGGAGGCCACGAAGAGUCAAAACCUGACGGUAGCGAGAGAAACCUGGCGUUAGAGUGAUGCAGCGACACGUGGGGGGAGCGGUCGGGCGAGGGGAGGGUAGAGUGAGAGGUGUCAGCUGGAUUGGGAGCCGAUGGGUGCAAUAGUGUUCACGUUUGCGCUAUUUCGCGUUGACGCGAACAAGACUUGCAUGUCUUUUCGCUGUCGGGGUUUGAACCCAAGAAGUCGUUUCUGGCCAACCCAGGUCGAAGAAUAUGAAAAUGCCGAGGUGUGUUGGCGACGGGGGGAUUGUGCAAAUAGAUGCGCCGGGCGAAGCCCAAGAAGGAUGCCAACUUAUUCGACCCUAUUUUGGAUUAAUUGUUGAGAUUGUCGUGGCAUAUUAUUCGUCCCAACUAUGUAUUAUAUGUAUCCCGCGAGGUUUGUACGUCUGUUCGUGGUAGAUUGACUGUGUCUGCCGGAAUGGGUGCCCCUGGUGCAAUUAACCGCCUCACGGCUUCGGGUGUGUGUGUUUAGGAAGGCAGGAUAGGUACUAGCCGACUUUCAGUGGCCUCUGGUUGUGCGCUUGUUUCUUUGCCCUUGCCCGUUGGUUCGUUUGUCUAUUGAAGAGCUGAAGGAAAACAGGGAGGGAUUGGGACCAACACAUGGUAUUUCACCCCCUACGCAUAGGAGCACGUGUCGAGAAAACGACGAAAGAGGCAGCUAAAUGGAUGGGGAGAAGGAGAAGGAGAGGAGGGAGUCCGCAGUGCUGUGACCUGAGCUACAUGUAGACGCCCCCUCCGCGCAGCCCGAACAACCAUAGUGUUAUGCGACCCAUCAUCACAAAUAACAUCCGUAGGGCGACAAAAUAGGAGCAUGAUUCACAGUUGCAGUUGCCCCCCGAAAUGAAGGGAUUUUGCUGACCACCGGCGCGGUUCAUGCCGGGGGGCGAACAAUCUGAAGUGCUGAUUUUCUGCUUCGUUUUCUUCGCGGGGAGUGAAUUCAUCGUGUGGUGGGGACGGGUAAGCGCAGGCAGCUGUAGUGCAAUACGUGUGUGCUGUGCAUUCGAUUUGGGGCAGUUGCAUGUAGGCGGUUGGUCAGAAUAUUUCGUGGUGGUGGGGACUGAGGGCCUGUUCUAAUUUUUUUUGUUUGCAUUCCUCGUUUGACUUUGUUUGUGAUACAGUUGGGUCCUUGAACAUUUCAUUUCAGCUUGUGUUCGUUGGCCCUGUAUAUGCACGAACCAAUUGUCGCCAUGUGGGUGACUGAUUGCUGCCGUGAAGGGAAUGUCGAGCAACCAAUUUGACUUCGACCGCCUUGUUGCCUUCUAUGUGCAUGAGAUGAGACAACGUGUAAAGUAAAGGUCGCCGUCGUCGCUGUCGCCGGUGUAUUUGCUGUUGUUGACUGGUGGUUGAUACUCUGGCGUUCUCUCCCUCUCGCACCUACAAUCACCUCCGCUUCCAUGAGUCUUGGUCCCUCGACUCAUUAAAGCGUCGUUGCUCUUCAUGCAGCCUCCGGGGGCUGUAUGUCGCUAUUUUUGUCGCAGUUGGCAUGGACGUCGGCGUGCUGUAUUCCUUGCAGGGAUAUUUGAUGUGUAUUCCAAAUCCAAUUGGGGUGUAGACUAUGACGUAAGAAAAAAAAAAAACG